AUGACACAAAGAAAGUUUUGGGCUGCUUUAUGCAUAUUGGAUGAAAGAGUCAUUGAUGGUAGUUCUUAUUACUUAAUUCAAUGGGAUGGAAGCGAUAAGGGCGGAAAUCCUUGGAUUCCAACUUGGGAACCCGGAGAAAAUUGCACACAAACUUUAAUCAACGACUGGAACACGAGAAGACUUGAAACCAAAAAAGGAGAUCGAUAUCAUCGUGAAAAUUCUUCUGCAUCAGAUUCAACUGUAACUAAUGGAUCAGAACUGCGUUGUUCAGAUGCUAUGGCUUUAGGAGAUGAACUACCAUUUAAAUGCAGCAAUAGUUCUAAUGAAUCUUUAAUCGUGAAUCAAGAUAACCCUAAUAGCGUGAGCUAUGAUCCACAGCAACUACUAAAAAGGACACAGACAGAAUUGCAAUCUCAAAGUCUUGUUGGCGAGAAGGGAAUAAUUUAUCGUGCCAGUAAGAAAAAUCGAACACAAGAAUCACUUAUUUGUGAAGAAAGUCGCAUCUCAUCUGAUGAAAAUAAUAAAUUUUCAUGUCAAAGAUCUUUUGCUCAACCAGUUGACACUUUUAAAAUACAAUCAUGCUCUUCACAGACGCAGAUAAGCUCACAAGAUAUAUCAACACAAACUGAACCCUUAGUAUAUCAUAAUAACUCCGAUUUCAGUGAUAAAAAAAUGCACCCAAAUCUGUCUUCUCAAAAUCAAACGCCAGUAUCUCUUGAGGAAUCUUCGCAAAAUGUUUCGCCUUUGGCAAACAAUGGUACUAAAUGUGCCUCUCCAACAUCUCCUGGUUUGAAUUCAAAUCUAUCAAAUAAGGAUCCCUUACCUUUUGUGAAAGAACUUCAAAACAAAGCUGAUACUAUCGCAAUUUUGUGUGAAGAACGCGAUCACUUCCAAAAAACAUUGGCUCAAAUCAAAAGGAACUGGCAAAUACAGCAAGAAAAGGCUAUUAAUCUAUCUAAAGAGAACGAGAAAUUCAAGCAACAACUUCAACAGCAAACUAGAGAAUAUGAAAAGAUACGUUUCCAAAGUUUAUGUUAUCAACAAAGUAUUCAACAAUUACAAGAACUUUGUAAAUGUAAUAGCGAAAAAGAUGUUCAGCAUAGAUUAGAGUUGGAAGAAUCAAGGCGAAAAUAUGAAAUUAUUCGUAAAAAUGACAGUAAAGUAAUUGAAGAACUAGAAAAAUCGACAAAAAUCAUGGCCACGGAAAAUCUAAAACUUAAGCAGGAGCUCGAAGAAAUUAAAACUUUGAAAGCAAGUAUGUCAUAUAUGGAUAAAUCAUUCCAAGAUUUUAUGAUCACGGACAAUCGGGAUUUAUUAAUCGAAAAUUCAUUCGAUACCGAGAAAAUAUACUCGUCGACUAAUAAGAAGCUACAACAAUCAUCUGUUGUAAAACCAUCCUAUGAUUAUGAAACUUUGUUAUCAGAAAAUAAACGUUUAGAGUCUGAUAUAAAAACUUUAAAUCUUCAAAGUGUGCUUCAACAACAAAAUAUGAAAUUAAUGGAAGAAAAGUUGUUGUAUAAUGAUUCAACAUUGCGAUUUUUUAUGGAUCUUCAUAAAGUUG